AUGAUUCCUCAACAAAAGCCACCCAUGGAUGUCACCGGACUUUUGUUGGUGUACCCCAAAUUCAUGGUUAUCAUUCUUGAGGAUCAGGAGGAAUACGUACCAGAAAUUUAUAAGAUGAGGAUGGCCUCUCUCCUAGAUGAUCUUCUGGAGGACCACCCAGACUUGGUUCCACCAUUAGCCGAAAUUUGGUAUUUCGCGGAGGUAUCUCAUCUCGAAGGUCUGAUGUCAGUGGUGGAGUACAUCGACAGGAAUGACAAACCGGACCAGCUUCCAUACCCAACAGGUGAGCCAUUGUCUCCGUCUAAAAUUCCCACAUUCUUUUCCUUCCUUCAAUAUUACAGAAGUCUGCGUUUAAAAGUGAACAACAAUAUUUCCUGUUAUCCUCAUAUUAACAUUGACAACUUAAAAGCUGUUAGCGUGGAAAAUGAUGAGAUUUUAAGUGCAUCCCCCCCACGAAAUGGUCAAUUAUUUCGAAUAAUGGUAAACAGUAUUGAACAUUUUUGA